CCUCGUUGAAGAUUUUCUCGGCUUCUCUUUUCGCGGUCUGCUCCUCUGCUUCGUCUAACGUCGGCAAGGAGGCGUAGUGCUUUGCGAAGACCGUCGGCAGCCCUGUGGCAUGGGACUCGCCCCCGAACUUUAGCACUUUGGCCGCCCCCGUGACCGGUCUGCCGCCCGCUUCGAGUUCUCGCAACAGCUGGAAAGCGCCGCUCGUUGUUGCCUGCGCCUUCUCUGCUUUCUCCCGUAAGCUGUUCUUUAUCUUUAUGAUUAUGAUCUCUGUGUAGUGAGUGUCAUCCGUUAUAGUAUUUGUAGUCAUUGUCUUUGUCAUCAUAAAGUGUGUUUUCUCCCCAGCGUUAGAAGAUUUGUUUUUCUUGCAUCGCCUUCGCCACUAGGGCGGUCUCGCAACGCAAGUAUCGAUCUACUUCGUUGUGCCUCAAUAUCACUGAAAAUGGACCUCCGCACGAAUUCGCUCCUCCAGGACAAGUACAAGUCCGGCUCCAAGGAGCAGCAGCGCCUCUUCGGCGAGCAGCGCCGCACGGAUUUUCUGGAGAAUGCCGCCGCGGACAAGCGGAGUCGCAUCGUAUCAAGUGUAAAAGUGUCUGGGUCUGGAAAAGUGUACUUGUCAUGCUAAAUCUGAACCAUACAAAAAUCUGUGUUGCAUGAUUACCAAUAAAGCUGUUCACUUUUGAGAAGGCCGAGAGGCAGUUUCUCAUGCGGAAAAGGCAUGGUAAAGAUCUCACAAAAUCUGUGAUGCUAUGGCAUGCAUCACAGACCUCACACGUCAUGCAAAACUUGCAUCACAAAUCUGGCAGCUUCCAUAUAUCGAUUCUCAUAGUAUAGCAGGUCUCUGGGGUUCUGUGUGAUUCAGUCACGGAUUUCCUGUCUGCUUCUAUUACAGUUGUGAACGCAAAGUAUGGUUGAAAAAUAUAUAAGUGCCCGGGGAUGAAGAAAUGCUCGCGAUGUUUUCGCGGUUCUGACCCUAUGCCGCUCCAGCGCCUGUGGAGGCUUGUUUCCCCAGUGAUAAUGGACAAUGGCAAUGUCGGUGCGGUUGUUUUAGCAUCACAAAUCUGGCAUUCUUCCAGACCCAGACAUUUUUGCAAUCCAUACAUCGAACAGAUGCGCAGAAUGGCGUUCGAGCGGGAUGUAUCCUGUGCAAAAGUAUAGUACUCGUAGUAAUCGCAGUCAUGCAUUACAAAUCUUCAGCCCAAGGUAAAACAGCAUUUACAAAUUCCAUUUGUCAUGCUGAGCUAAUUUGUCAUGCGAUUGAUAUAUCAUCGAGACCCACGGAGCUUUACCCGCUAGACCAGGAUUCUCCCAUGCGAGCACCUUCUUCGUUCCUCCAGGCUUUUCUCGGCGUCCUUGGUCGGACGCUCCUGUUCUUGGUUGAAGUUGGACCCCGUGUGGCGGUAGCAGCUUCUCCUUUGCCCUGCCUUAGUAGCUCGAGCCUCGUUGCACUUCGUAAACUCUGCUCUUCGUAAAGUGAAGUCGUCUGGUGUUUUGUUGUCUUACCUUAGUACGGUAACCCCUUCCCCGCCUGUGUAAAAAACAUUAACUUCCCAUGUCCCCUUGCUUUUCUCGACUAAACAGUUAUACUGUUAUUUUUCUUCUAAUGCUUACUUCCGCUGCUUUUUAUUUAUCAGUUUUAGUAGGGCAUGAUGCCAAAAGGGACGGACUGCCCUUAGAACUCCCAUGUCAUGCGAUUGAUACUAGUACGAUACUUUUGCAGUUCAUAGGAUGCUGACCAGCAAAGAGGGGGCUCAUCUGCGAGGCAAGAAGUAGAUCUGGAAGACGACGAGGACGACGACGAUGAGGAAUUCAGUACGAUAUCCGAUAUAAUUGCGACGUCGCAAGAUCAUGAUCAGCAGUUGUUGUAUGACAAUCAAGAUCUUUCUUCACCAAAUGGUCGUAUGCCGUCGUCCUCUCAGGAGCCUCUUCGAACAAAGCACAGGCACAACUACGACGAGGAUGAGGACGAUUUCGAUUUCGACAUGCAUGAAAAUUACGGUGCAACUACAUCAAGACACAACUAUCGCAACAGAAACAACGGCACUUACAACAACGCCCGAUCAUCAAGCAGCAGAAAUCCCAAAUCCCUAGCCGCCACGGCGAAAAACAAGGCGAAGAAGCGAUUUCGCGAGUUCAGUCAGGCGUUCAUGCAGCCCGACUGGCUUCUCCCCGCCCCCGAGGUGAUACCCGCGGAUUUACUCGGGAACAGCAGUGGCACAACUGGAUCGUCCUCGAAGAACGCCUCCCCCGGGGGCUGGUUCUGCUGCGUCCGCCCGGAGGGCGACCGAGUGAUGAUCUUCAGCGACGGGGGGCACACGCAAAUUCGGCGCAGAAACGGUACGGUGUUGCAGCAGUGGUUCCGCGACACCCGGUUUCCGAAAGGGCAGACGAUUUUAGACGGCAUUCUGGACUUGACCGCGGCGAAUUUGGGUGGCGGUGACGCUGUUCUGAACAAAGAUGGAUCUACUUCCUCUAGUGCACCAAUCGCAACUAGCAGCGGCAUCAUUUACGUUGUGGACGUGCUAGUGUGGGCCGACGUCACUUUCUACGAUGCGGAAUUUGAGUUCCGGCACUUCUGGCUGCGAUCCCGGCUCGAGGAACAGGAUUGGGAGACCGAGAUGCCAGUAGUGCCGAUAUUAUUGAACAACGGAGCUCUCGCUUCUGGCGGGUACCAGCAAGGAAAUUUUGGUGGUGGAAAUCAGCUCAAGAACUACCAGCAGUCGAGAAACAAACGGCGAAACAACAGGCGGCAGCAAAGAAAAAAGGACCAGCAGCAGCAGUUUCAUCCAGGUGGAACAACCGCGCAAGAUGGCAGCAACGAUUCGUGGUGCGGUCCCAGUCCUCUAAACACGGGUGUUGUAGCUGCUGGUGGAGGCAUGGAGGUCGACGAGCAAGCUGGUGCUAGACCUGCCGCAACAGCAGCAAACGGAUCCUAUGCGAAUGGACAUUUGCCGGGUAAUGGGAAUGGAAUGACCACCAUGAUAGGCCCUUGUGCGAAGCCGGCUGACGACCCGACUGUUGCAGGAAGUGGUACAUCAAAUGGGGCAACUUCCAUGAUGGCCAACACCACCUCCUCCGCGGAAUCGAAGCGCGCUAAGUAUUUCCAAGCCCUGGCCACCGGCGCAAUACAUAACAGGCAGAAAGACGUGAAAAACCUCCAAAUGACCGUUGACAUGACACAUCAAGCACAAGCUGCCCGUGGUCCAGAUGAGCGAUGUCAUUCUAGCGUUACUAUGAAUGACGAAAACGACCUCUCCCUCUCCACAACCGCCACAAAUCCACCUCGAGGCACGAACCCGCUGUACCCACUUGCCACCUUCAGCCUGCGUUUGAUCCACCAGCAGCAACUCUUUUCCCUCGACGACCUUCAAGCCCUCUACCGUUCCGCGCCUCCCUACGUGCACGACGGACUGCAGUUUUCGCACUCCCUCGGCCGGUACACUCCGGGAUUGACGCCGUUGGUGUUGACCUGGAAGGAUUGGCACUGCAGCCGCUUUGCCGUGGACGACCGGGAAGAACAGGAGUAUUGUGUGUUGGAAUUACGGGAAGACGGAUUUUUGCGGACCUCGGACGGUUUGAUAGUCGCCCAGCUGCCGGUGGACAAGGUCGGGGUUUCAGAUGAUGUGGACGGUGCUGGAGCUCCUGCAUGUCCAAGUCCAAUAGCGAGCCAAGACGCAACAAGUUGUGCGGCAACAGCAGAUGUACGACGAGUACAAAUGCGUGUUGGCGAACUCGACCCUAGUUUCGCUGCUUCGGGAGGAGGUGAAGACGACCACGAUACUGCGGAGGACCAUAUGGAAACGAGCGUGGAGCCCGAGAAUGUUGAAGAAGAUCCUGCCUUCUCCCACGACGAGGUCAACCAACUACACGUGACGAGGAACAGGAAGCAGAACAAACACUUCUACCGCAUCCGGGGCAUGCUGAAGCCGGUUUUCCAAGUCGGGUCCUUCUUGAAAAUAUCCAUCAGUGCCGUCGACCGAGAGAACAGGCGGGUAACGGUGAUGGAUUUUUCAUCUUCGACAAGCCAGCAGGGGGGCGCGAAGAAAGAGGAGCAUCAACUUCCGCAGGAAGGAGAAAAACAGCAACAGCACAGUACUGUGACGCCUACUUGCAGCUCUUCUGGCAUUACAAACAGUAUGAUCGCCAACGCUCGUGGUGCGGUGGUGCGGAAAGCCAAGAUUCGGACGUAUGCGGAUUCCUGGUGCAGGAUUCAGUUUCAGCACAUGCUCCGGUCCCGACCCAAAGACCACCUGUUUGAAUUCCUGUGUCAGCAGAUCGCGGCUGGCUGUGGGGCGACCAUGGCGUGAGCUUCUCUAAGACAGUAGUUAGACAAGUAAAGGACAAAUAAGCGACCGCACGGCGACAUUCUUGAAUCAUUCAUUUUUAUCUCGGACCAUCAAAAAUGAUUUGCUCCUGUAUGG